AUCAUCGCUCUCCUAUGAAGUCAUGGUCCAAAGGCUGCGUUCUUUCUAUGCGAGACAAUUCCCUCCUCCGGAAAAUAUACAGAGGCAUGCUCAUGUCAAGUCUAUGGAAGAGUAUCGACUUCUCUAUGAGGAAUCCAUUUCUGAUCCAGAGAAGUUCUGGAAGAAAAUAGCCAGGAAUCUUUAUUUCAAGGAUCCACCUGGGUCAGGGGAAGACUUCCUCAGUUACAACUUUGACAUCAAAGCUGGCCCAAUAUUCACAAAGUGGAUGAGCACAUGUUCUACGAACAUUUGCUACAACGCACUGGACUAUAAUGUUCAAAGAGGACUGGGAGAGAAAGUUGCAUUCUAUUGGUCAUAUAUUGCCAAAUGGGAGAGAAAACUUUUAAAUGAUUUGUUCCCAUUACGCAGGGAAGGGAACCACCCCAACAAUUCUCGAAGCAUCAGCUAUAAAAAACUCCUUGAAGAGGUAUCCAAAUUCUCCAAUGUCCUGCUGGAGCUUGGCGUAAAAAAAUGUGACAAAGUUGCAAUUUAUCUUCCAAUUGUGGUGGAACUCAUUGUGGCCAUGUUGGCAUGCACCAGAAUUGGAGCUGUCCAUUCCGUUGUCUUCGGUGGCUUUUCAGCUGGAUCUCUGGCGGAGAGGAUAAUCGAUGCUAAAUGCUCCAUUGUUAUCACAGCUGAUGGAGUUUGGAGGGGGAAAAAGCUCAUUCAUUUGAAAGCAAUAACUGAUGAUGCUAUUGAGAGGUGUGCCAGAGCUGGUUUUCUUAUGAAGCAAUGCAUAGUCUUGAAACACCUUCCUCGGGUCACAUCUGCUGUAGAAGUAGGGAUUGCCAAUGGGGUAUUGUUAACCCACCUCUCUCAGGUGGCAUGGAAAAAAGGGCGCGACUUUUGGUGGCAUGAAUUGAUGAAAGAUGCAAGUCCAGAUUGCCCAGUGGUGUGGAGGAAUGGGGAGGAUCCAUUGUUUAUCCUCUAUACGAGUGGUUCUAGCGGAAAGCCCAAAGGCGUUCAGCAUACCCUAGCAGGGUAUAUGCUUUAUGCCUGGACGACCUUCAAGUACACCUUUGACUACCAAGAGAAUGAUGUCUAUUGGUGCACCGCUGACAUUGGCUGGAUCACAGGACAUACAUAUAUUACCUACGGACCCCUUUUGAAUGGAUGCACAACUGUACUGUUUGAAGGCAUUCCUGAUUACCCUGACCAUGGAAGGUUCUGGGCUGUCAUAGACAAGUACAAAGUAAACAAGUUUUACACCGCACCUACUGUUAUUCGUUCACUGAUGAAGUUCGGAGAGGAAAACGUGCAAAAGUAUUCGCGAUCAAGUCUCAAACUACUUGGCAUUGUAGGCGAGCCCAUCAACCCAGAAGCUUGGUAUUGGUUCAACCAUGUCGUUGGAGAUGAUAAGUGUCCGAUUGUGGAUACAUUUUGGCAAACAGAGACUGGCGGUCAUGUCAUCGCACCGCUUCCGGGAGCCACUGUAACGAAACCUGGAUCAGCCACAUUCCCUUUCUUUGGAGUCCUUCCAGCCAUUCUAGACAGGAAUGGUGCCGAAUUGACUGGAGAAUGCGAAGGCUCUCUCGCGUUUAAGAGACCUUGGCCAGGAAUUAUUCGAAUGGUGCAUGGGGAUUAUGAGAGUUUUGAGCGAAUGUAUUUCCAGGAGUUUCCUGGGUACUACUCCACGGGAGAUGGUGCAAGGAGAGACAAGGAUGGAUAUAUUUGGGUGACAGGUCGCAUUGAUGAUAUGUUGAAUGUGUCUGGCCACCUCCUGUCCACGACAGAGGUGGAGUCCGCUUUGGAGGAAAACCCUUGUAUAGCGGAGGCAGCUGUAGUUCCACAUCCCCACUCAGUCAAGGGCCAAUGUCUCUACUGCUUUGUCACACUAGUCAACAGUGUCCCUUUCACAGAUCAACUUGUGAAGGAGCUGCGUGAGAAAGUACGAGAGAAGAUCGGCUCUUUUGCCGUUCCCGAUUAUGUCCAGUAUGCACCUAGCUUACCGAAGACGAGAUCGGGCAAGAUCAUGCGUCGGAUUCUCAAAAUGAUUGCCCAGAAUGUCAUCGACCUGGGGGAUACCAGCACGCUUGCGGACGAGUCUAUUGUGGAACUUCUUCGACAAAAUAGGAUAGCCACAUUA